GGAGUGCCGAGCCUACCUACCUUUAACGGCCUUACCUCGCUAGUGUAAAAGCACGCAGGACUCCGUACUCUGCACGCGAAUUAUCUGCUGCACCUCGACCUGUAGCCAUUUUCCUUCAAUUUUUGCUCUCAGAUCAUGCUCGCGGGCCGACGACCAUUCCGAUCACUUGCAUCCCUGUACAGAUUGCCGACAGCUGCUGCCAAUGCUCGCCUCAAUGGACGCUGAUGCGAGCAAAACAGUGGCUGAAGCGACAGGCGUCGAGGGACCGCGAGACGGCACCAGCACUCGGGCCGUCAAUCGCAGGUCAGGAGCCCCUGUAACCCUGGAACCCAGCGACCCCCACGCCGCCGCUCGCGAUACCAUCACAACCACCACGCAGCCCAACGGCAUCACCAACGGCUCUGCGGAUGCAAACCCGCGCAGGCCGAUCCGCAGCAAGUACCGCCAUGUCUACGCCGUCCACUCAAAGUCGAAGCCUUCGUGUCUCAGCCACGAUGCCACUGAGACCCCCAGCUUCAUUGGGUUCCGUAACCUCAUGGUGAUCGUGUUGGUGGCCGCCAAUCUCCGCCUGGUGAUCGAAAAUAUCCAAAAGUACGGCGUCCUGAUCUGCAUCAGAUGCCAUGAUUUCCAUCCCAACGACGUCCGGCUGGGGCUGGCGCUCUAUGUUCUCAUCCCUUGUCACCUCAUGAUCGCCUACCUGAUCGAGCUGGUCGCGGCCGCCAACGCCCGCCGCUCGCGAGCCAAGUCCCAGAAACGGGACGGGAGCAGCAGCCCGACCGAGGACGAGUCCAGGCGGUUCCUGCGUACCUGGAGGAUCAUCCGCAUCGCUCACACCAUCAACGUCUCGGCCGCCCUGGCCAUCACCUCGUACGUGGUCUACUACUACAUCCACCACCCCCUGAUCGGCACCCUGUCCGAGCUGCACGCCAUCAUCGUCUGGCUCAAGACGGCCUCGUACGCCCUCACCAACCGCGACCUCCGCCACACCUUCCUGCACCCGGCCAAAGGCGAGCUCGACGCCCUGCCCGACAUCUACGCCCAGUGUCCCUACCCGGCCAACAUCACCUUCUCCAACCUGGCCUACUUCUGGUGGGCGCCCACGCUGGUUUACCAGCCGGCCUACCCGCGCACCGACCGGAUCCGCUGGGUCUUCGUGGCCAAGCGGGUGGGCGAGGUGGCCUGCCUGAGCGCCUUCAUCUGGUUCGCAAGCGCCCAGUAUGCCACCCCCGUCCUGCGCAACUCGCUCGACAAGAUCGCCACCCUCGACUACAUGUCCAUCCUCGAGAGGCUGCUGAAGCUAUCCACCAUCUCGCUCGUCAUUUGGCUGGCCGGCUUCUUUGCCCUGUUCCAGUCCUUCCUCAACGCGCUCGCCGAGGUGAUGCGCUUCGGAGACCGCGAAUUUUACGAGGCUUGGUGGAACAGCGAGAGCCUCGGGACGUACUGGCGCACGUGGAACAAACCCGUUUACCAGUUCUUCCACCGCCACGUCUACUCGCCCAUGCGCUCGCGCGGCUGGAGCCAGUUCAUGUCCAGCACCACCGUCUUCUUCCUCUCCGCCAUCCUUCAUGAGCUGUUGGUCGGCGUACCCACCCACAACCUCAUCGGCGUCGCCUUCCUGGGCAUGUUCCUCCAGCUCCCGCUCAUCAUGCUGACGGCCCGCCUCGAGCGGCUCAAGUCGGCGAACGGCCGCCUGCUGGGAAACGUCAUCUUCUGGGUCUCCUUCACCAUCUUCGGGCAGCCCUUCGCCGCCCUCAUGUACUUUUACGCCUGGCAGGCCAAGUACGGCAGCGUCAGCAAGAUACCGCCGGCGGCGCAUGGGGCCACCUGUCCCGUAGCGGCUUGAUCAUUUCAUGUUCUCUGUAUAAAACCUGGAGGGGUCUGGGCGCUCGGUGGCUUCCGUCUCGGUUUGGAAAUGGGUACGGCCAUUGUGCGAUCCUACAAAGUUACACAGAGUCACAAAGCAGAUGAUCUUCUUGUCAAUUGAUUUCAUCUAGUUUUUUAUUCAGUUUCUCCUUCCCUUUUGCCUUUUCCCCCUGUCCUCUUUUGGCCUUGUUUGUUACUUUUGGUCAAUCGGUCAUGACUGAAA